CACGCGGGGACUGUGGCUGCCGGGCCUGCGGCGGUGACCUGGGGGCGGCCGCGGUGAUGCCGGCGAUGGGGGACAGGUGCGUGCGGGUGACCGUCCUCCCCGGCUGCGUGGGCUGCAGGACCGUGACGGUGCCGGCGUCCGGGACGGCGCGCGACCUCAAGGAGCGCAUCUUCGCCGAGACGGGCUUCCCGGUGUCGGAGCAGCGGCUGUGGCGGGGCGACCGGGAGUUGUCUGACUGCGUUAAGAUUGGAGAUCUGACUUCCGAAAACUGUCAUCUUUUUGUUAAUCUUCAGUCAAAAGGCUUGAAAGGCGGAGGUCGCUUUGGUCAAACAACCCCACCACUGGUUGAUUUUCUCAGGGACAUUUUAAGAAGAUACCCAGAAGGAGGCCAGAUUCUUAAGGAAUUAAUUCAGAAUGCAGAAGACGCUGGGGCCACAGAAGUUAAGUUUUUAUAUGAUGAAACUCAGUAUGGAACGGAGACGCUGUGGUCCAAGGACAUGGCGCCAUAUCAGGGGCCAGCGCUCUACGUGUACAAUAAUGCGGUCUUCACUCCCGAGGACUGGCAUGGUAUUCAAGAAAUAGCGAGGAGCAGGAAAAAGGAUGACCCUCUGAAGGUUGGAAGAUUUGGAAUUGGGUUUAACUCUGUCUACCACAUAACAGAUGUUCCUUGUAUCUUCAGUGGUGACCAGAUUGGGAUGUUAGAUCCUCAUCAGACACUGUUUGGCCCCCAGGAAUCAGGCCAGUGUUGGAACCUCAAAGAUGACAGCAAAGAAAUUAGCGAACUUUCAGAUCAGUUCGCACCAUUUAUCGGCAUUUUUGGAAGCACCAAGGACACAUUUAUAAAUGGCAGUUUUCCAGGAACGUUUUUCCGUUUCCCUCUCCGCUUAGAGCCCUCACAGCUCAGCGGGAACCUCUACAACAAGCAGAAGGUUCUGGAGUUGUUUGACUCGUUUAAGGCGGAUGCAGACACAGUGCUGCUCUUUCUAAAAAGCGUGCAAGAUGUCUCCUUGUAUGUCCGAGAGGCCGACGGGACAGAGAAGCUGGUGUUUCGAGUGACUGCAAGUGAGAAUAAGGCCCUGAAGCAUGAACGACCACACUCUAUCAAGAUUCUGGAAAGUGCCAUAAGUAACUAUUGUAAAAAGAUUCCAAGCAAUAGCGUCACUUGUGUAACGUAUCAUAUCAACAUAGUGUUAGAGGAUGAGAGCGCCGAGGAUGCACGGAACACUUCCUGGUUGGUGUGUAACAGUGUGGGUGGCCGAGGGAUCAGUAGCAAACUUGACUCUUUAGCAGAUGAACUGAAAUUUGUCCCAAUCAUUGGUAUAGCCGUGUCACUAGCCAGCACAGAUGACGAGGACAAAGGAGCCGCGUCGGGGUUCUCAGGAAAAGCAUUUUGUUUUCUUCCCUUGCCCCCUGGCGAGGAAAGCAGGACUGGACUCCCCGUUCACAUCAGUGGCUUCUUUGGCCUGACUGACAACCGGAGGAGCAUCAAGUGGAGAGAGCUGGACCAGUGGAGGGAUCCCGCCGCCCUGUGGAAUGAGCUGCUUGUUGUAAAUGUUGUCCCCAAAGCUUAUGCCACACUCAUCUUAGAUUCCAUCAAGCGACUGGAGACGGAAAAGAGUUCUGAUUUCCCCUUGUCUGUUGGUACCAUCUACAAGCUGUGGCCGGAGGCAAGCAAGAUCAAGGUCCACUGGCAGCCCGUGCUGGGCCCUCUGUUCAGUGAGCUCUUCCAGAACGCUGUCAUCUACACCAUCAGCCACGAGUGGGUCAAGUUGGAGCAGGUGUACUUCUCAGAACUUGAUGACAGUUUGGAAUACACGAAAGCUGUGCUCAACUACCUCCAGAGCUCAGGGAAGCACAUUGCCAAGGUGCCAGCCAACCUGCUUGCUGCCGUGGAGCUCGCAGCCGGCCCCGGAGUGACGCCCGCGAGGAAGGUGACACCCGCCUGGGUGCGGCAGGUGCUGCGGAAGGCUGCGCACGUGGGCAGUGCCGAAGACAAGCUCCGCCUUCUCGAGUUUGUGCUUUCUGACCAGGCCUACAGUGAACUGCUGGGGCUGGAGCUGCUACCAUUACAAAAUGGAAAUUUCGUCCCCUUUUCCUCUUCCGUAUCUGAUCAAGAUGUUAUUUAUAUUACCUCAGAAGAAUUCCCAAGGCCCCUUUUCCCAGGUCUGGAAGGAAGACUUCUUCUGCAGAACUUGAAGCCUCAUCUGCUAGCUGCUCUGAAGGAAGCUGCCCAGACCCGAGGAAGACCAUGCACUCAGCUACAGCUUUUAAACCCAGAACGAUUUGCACGUCUUAUCAAGGAAGUAAUGAAUGCACUCUGGCCUGGCAGGGAGUUGAUUGUUCAGUGGUAUCCAUCUGAUGAGGACAGGAAGCAUCCCCCUGUUUCAUGGCUGAAGAUGGUUUGGAAGAACCUCUAUAUCCAUUUUUCUGAGGAUUUGAGUGGAUUUGAUGAGAUGCCGCUGAUCCCGAGAACUGCGCUCGAGGAGGAUCAGACAUGCGUGGAGCUCAUCAGACUCCGGAUUCCCUCAGUAGUCAUGUUAGAUGAUGCAUCUGAAGCACAACUUCCGGAGUUCCUAGCAGACAUUGUCCACAAACUUGGAGGGAUUGUCCUUCAAAAGUUGGAUGCCUCAAUUCAGCAUCCGCUUAUUAAAAAAUACAUCCACUCACCAUUGCCAAGUGCCGUGUUGCAGAUCAUGGAGAAGAUGCCAUUGCAGAAAUUGUGUAAUCAGAUAACGUCACUACUUCCAACACACAAAGAUGCUCUGAGGAAGUUCUUAGCUAGCCUCUCUGAUAGCAGUGAAAAAGAGAAAAGAAUAAUCCAAGAAUUGACAAUAUUUAAGCGAAUUAACCAUUCAUCCGGUCAGGGCAUUUCUUCUUACACAAAACUGAAGGGCUGCAAGGUCUUGCACCAUACGGCCAAGCUCCCGCCGGAUCUGCGGCUCUCCAUCGCCGUGAUAGACAGCAGUGACGAGGCCACCAUUCGCUUGGCAAACAUGCUGAAAAUAGAGAAGUUAAAGACCACUAGCUGCUUGAAGCUUGUUUUGAAAGAUAUUGAAAAUGCAUUUUAUUCAAAUGAAGAGGUAACACACCUCAUGUUAUGGAUUCUCGACAAUCUGUCUUCCCUUAAAAACGAGAAUCCCAAUGUUCUCGAUUGGCUAAUGCCCUUAAGGUUCAUUCCGAUUUCCCAGGACCGUGUGGUUUCUGCUAGUGAACUCUUCGAUCCUGAUAUCGCGGUACUCAAGGAUCUCUUUUACAAUGAAGAGGAAAUCUGCUUUCCACCCUCAGACUUUACAUCACCGGAUAUCCUUCACUCUUUAAGACAGAUUGGUUUAAAAAAUGAAGCCAGCCUGAAAGAGGAAGAUGUUGUGCAGGUGGCAAAACAUAUUGAAGCCUUACAAGCAGGUUCUUGUCCGGACCAAGAGUUUCUUCUGAGGAAAGCCAAAACACUCUUACAGGUGUUAAAUAAGAACCCUGCGCUGUUGCAGUCACCUGAAGGAAAGGUAACACUGAAGAAAAUCAAGUGGGUCCCAGCCUGCAAGGAAAGGCCUCCAAAUUAUCCUGGCUCUUUGGUCUGGAAGGGAGAUGCCUGUCACUUUUGUGCACCACCGGAUAUGUGUGACGUCACUCACGCUAUUCUCGUUGGCUCAUCACUUCCUCUUGUUGAAAGCAUCCAUGUAAACUUGGAAAAGGCAUUAGGCAUCUUCACAAGGCCUAGCAUCAGUGCUGUUUUAAAACACUUUAAAACUGUAGUUGACUGGUAUUCUUCAAACACCUUUAGUGAUGAAGACUACUACCAAUUCCAGCAUAUUCUGCUUGAAGUUUAUGGAUUCAUGCAUGAUCAUUUAAAUGAAGGGAAAGAGUCUUUCAGAGCCUUAAAGUUUCCGUGGGUUUGGACAGGCAAAAAAUUCUGUCCCCUUGCUCAAGCUGUGAUAAAACCAACCCACGACCUUGACCUCCAGCCUUAUUUGCAUAAUGUGCCAAAAACUAUGGCAAAAUUCCAUCAGCUGUUCAAAGUCUGUGGUUCAAUAGAGGAGUUGACAUCGGAUCAUAUUUCCAUGGUCAUUCAAAAGGUGUAUCUCAGAAGUGACCAAGAUCUCAGUGAACAAGAAAGCAAACAAAAUCUUCAUCUAAUGUUGAAUAUCAUCAGAUGGCUGUAUAGCAAUCAGAUUCCAGCGACCCCCAAUACGCCCGUUCCUAUCCAUCACAGCAAGGACCCUUCUAAGCUUAUCAUGAAGCCGAUUCAUGAAUGCUGUUACUGUGACAUCAAAGUGGAUGACUUGAACGACUUACUGGAGGAUGCGGUGGAACCGAUCAUCUUGGUGCAUGAGGACAUACCCAUGAAAACUGCAGAGUGGCUGAAAGUUCCGUGCCUCAGCACACGGCUGAUCAAUCCUGAGAACAUGGGGUUUGAGCAGUCAGGGCAAAGAGAACCUCUGACGGUCAGAAUUAAAAAUAUCCUGGAAGAGUACCCUUCCGUGUCAGAUAUUUUUAAAGAACUGCUUCAGAAUGCUGAUGAUGCAAAUGCGACAGAGUGCAGCUUCCUGAUUGACAUGAGAAGGAACAUGGACAUCAGAGAGAGCCUCCUUGACCCGGGGAUGGCAGCGUGCCACGGGCCUGCUUUGUGGUCCUUCAAUAAUUCGGAAUUCUCAGAUUCGGAUUUCGUGAACAUAACUCGGUUAGGAGAAUCAUUAAAAAGGGCGGAAGUUGACAAAGUUGGGAAAUUUGGUCUCGGAUUUAAUUCUGUGUACCAUCUCACUGACAUUCCCAUCAUUAUGAGUCGAGAAUUCAUGAUAAUGUUUGACCCGAACAUAAACCAUAUUAGCAAACACAUUAAAGACAAGUCUAAUCCUGGGAUCAAAAUUAAUUGGAGUAAACAACAGAAAAGACUUAGGAAAUUUCCUAAUCAGUUCAAACCCUUCAUUGAUGUGUUUGGCUGUCAGUUACCUCUGACUGUGGAAGCGCCUUACAGCUACCACGGGACUCUUUUCCGACUGUCCUUUAGAACUCAGCAGGAAGCAAAAGUGAGUGAAAUCAGUAGCACCUGCUACAAUACGGCGGACAUCUACUCUCUUGUGGAUGAGUUUAGCCUCUGUGGCCACAGGCUCAUCAUUUUCACUCAGAGUGUGAACUCCAUGUAUUUGAAGUACUUGAAAAUUGAAGAGGUGAAUCCCAGCUUAGCACAAGACACAAUCGUAAUUAAAAAGAAGGUCUGCUCUUCCAAAGCAUUGACUGCACCUGUCUUGAGCAUUUUGAAAGAAGCUGCCAAGCUCAUGAAGACUUGCAGCAGCAGUAGCAAGAAGCCCGUCGCCGAGCCCCCGAAGGCAUCUUGUAUUCUUCAGAUCACGGUUGAAGAAUUUCAUCACGUCUUCAGGCGGAUUGCUGAUUUACAGUCGCCGCUGUUCAGGGGUCCGGAGGAUGACCCAGCUUCUCUCUUCGAAUUGGCUAAGUCGGGCCAAUCCAAAAAGCCAUCAGAUGAGUUGCCACAAAAAACCGUCGAGUGUACCACGUGGCUCCUGAGCUCCUGCAUGGAUACUGGAGAGGCUCUGAAAUUUUCCCUGAGUGAAAGUGGAAGAAGACUAGGACUGGUUCCUUGUGGGGCUGUAGGAGUUCUCCUCUCUGAGACCCAGGACCAGAAGUGGACCGUGAAACCCCAUGUUGGAGAGGUGUUUUGCUAUUUACCUCUGCGAAUCAAGACAGGCCUGCCUGUUCACAUCAAUGGAUGCUUUGCUGUUACUUCAAAUAGGAAAGAAAUCUGGAAGACGGAUACAAAGGGCCGCUGGAAUAGCACGUUCAUGAGGCACGUGAUUGUGAAAGCUUACUUACAGGCCCUCAGUGUCUUACGGGACAUGGCCACGAGCGGGGAGCUAGGCGAUUACACUUACUAUGCAGUGUGGCCCGACCCCGACUCCGUGCAUGAUGAUUUCUCUGUCAUCUGUCAAGGCUUCUAUGAAGACAUAGCACAUGGAAAAGGGAAGGAGUUGACAAGAGUCUUUUCUGACGGGUCUGCUUGGGUUUCCAUGAAAAAUGUGAGAUUUCUGGAUGACUCUAUAUUGAAGAGAAGAGACGUCGGCCCAGCAGCCUUCAAGAUAUUUUUGAAAUACCUCAAGAAGACUGGGUCCAAAAACCUUUGUGCCGUUGAACUUCCUUCUUCGGUCAAAUUAGGGUUUGAAGAAGCUGGCUGCAGACAGAUAUUGCUCGAAAACACAUUUUCAGAGAAGCAGUUCUUUUCAGAAGUGUUUUUUCCGAACAUUCAAGACAUUGAAGCAGAACUUAGAGAUCCUUUAAUGAAUUAUGUUCUAAACGAAAAAAUUGAUGAGUUCUCGGGAAUUCUUCGUGUCACCCCGUGUAUCCCUUGCUCCUUGGAGGGGCAUCCUUUGGUUGUGCCAUCAAGAUUGAUCCACCCUGAAGGACGGGUCGCAAAGUUGUUCGAUACCAAAGAUGGACGGUUCCCAUAUGGUUCAACUCAGGACUAUCUCAAUCCUAUCAUUCUGAUUAAACUUGUGCAGCUGGGCAUGGCGAAGGAUGAUAUUUUGUGGGAUGACAUGUUGGAGCGAGCAGAAUCCGUGGCUGAAAUCAAUACACGUGACCACGCUGCUGCCUGUUUAAGAAGCACCAUCCUGCUAAGUCUCAUCGAUGAGAAGUUGAAAAUAAGGGACCCUCGAGCGAAGGAUUUUGCUGCAAAAUAUCAAACAAUUCCCUUCCUGCCAUUUCUGACAAAACCAGCAGGUUUUUCUCUGGACUGGAAAGGUAAUAGUUUUCAGCCGGAAACCAUGUUCCCUGCAACUGCCCUUUACACGGCCGAGUAUCAAGAUAUAGUUUGUCUGUUGCAACCAAUUCUCAAUGAAAAUUCUCAUUCCUUCCGAGGCUGCGGUUCAGUGUCAUUGGCUGUGAAAGAGUUUUUGGGAUUGCUCAAGAAGCCGACAGUGGAUCUGGUUGUAAACCAGUUGAAGGAAGUGGCAAAAUCAGUCGAUGACGGAGUUACCUUGUACCAAGAGAACAUCACCAACGCUUGCUACAAGUACCUGCACGAGGCGAUGACGCAAAACGAGGUCACUAAGAUAACCAUCAUCGAGAAGUUAAAAUCCUUUCGCUUCAUUCUCGUGGAGAACGCUUACGUUGACUCAGAAAAAGUUUCUUUCCAUUUGAAUUUUGAAGCAGCGCCGUACCUGUAUCAGCUGCCCAAUAAAUACAAAAAUAAUUUCCGUGAGCUUUUUGAAAGUGUGGGUGUGAGGCAGGCAUUUACGGUGGAAGAUUUUGCUCUUGUUUUGGAAUCCAUUGAUCGAGAAAGGGGAACAAAGCAAAUAACCGAGCAGAAUUUCCAGCUCUGCCGAAGAAUCAUCAGCGAAGGAAUAUGGAGUCUCAUCAGAGAAAAGAAACAAGAGUUUUGUGAGAAAAAUUACGGCAAAAUACUGCUGCCAGAUUCGAACCUUACGCUCCUCCCUGCUAAAUCGCUCUGCUACAAUGACUGUCCCUGGAUAAAAGUAAAGGACACCACUGUAAAAUAUUGUCACGCUGACAUACCCCGGGAGGUAGCCGUCAAAUUAGGAGCAAUACCAAAGCGACAUAAGGCCUUAGAAAGGUACGCCUCCAACAUCUGCUUUACCACGCUUGGCACGGAAUUUGGACAGAAAGAAAAGUUAACCAGCAGAAUUAAGAGCAUCCUAAACGCCUAUCCUUCAGAAAAGGAGAUGCUGAAAGAGCUUCUUCAAAAUGCUGAUGACGCCAAAGCUACCGAAAUCUGUUUUGUGUUUGAUCCUAGACAGCAUCCAGUUGAUCGAAUAUUUGAUGAUAAGUGGGCCCCGCUGCAAGGGCCAGCACUGUGUGUGUACAACAACCAGCCCUUUACGGAGGAUGAUGUGAGAGGGAUUCAGAAUCUCGGCAAAGGCACCAAAGAGGGAAAUCCUUGCAAGACUGGACAGUAUGGAAUAGGAUUCAACUCUGUGUAUCAUAUUACAGACUGCCCAUCUUUUCUUUCUGGCAAUGACAUCCUGUGUAUUUUUGAUCCUCAUGCGCGAUACGCACCGGGGGCCACGUCGGUUAGUCCUGGGCGCAUGUUUAGAGAUCUAGAUGCAGACUUCAGGACACAGUUCUCUGAUGUCCUGGAUCUUUACUUGGGGACCCACUUUAAGCUCGAUAACUGCACCAUGUUCAGAUUUCCUCUUCGUAACACGGAAAUGGCCAAAGUUUCAGAAAUCUCCUCCGUCCCGUCAUCAGACAGGAUGGUCCAGAAUCUUUUGGACAAAUUACGCUCAGAUGGGGCAGAACUUCUCAUGUUUCUCAAUCACAUGGAGAAAAUUUCGAUUUGUGAAAUAGACAAAGGUACAGGAGCUCUCAAUGUGCUGUAUUCAGUCAAGGGUAAAAUCACUGAUGGAGACAGAUUGAAAAGGAAACAGUUCCAUGCCUCCGUAAUUGACAGCGUUACUAAAAGGAGGCAGCUCAAAGACAUCCCAGUCCAACAGAUAACCUACACCAUGGACACCGAGGACUCGGAAGGAAAUCUCACUACGUGGCUGAUUUGUAAUAGGGCUGGCUUUUCAAACAUGGACAAAGUAUCUAAAAGUGUUAUAUCAGCUCACAAGAACCAAGAUAUUACCCUUUUCCCUCGAGGUGGAGUCGCUGCUUGCAUCACUCAUAACUAUAAAAAGCCUCACAGGGCCUUCUGUUUUUUGCCUCUGUCUUUGGAGACGGGACUGCCGUUUCACGUGAAUGGCCACUUUGCACUAGACUCGGCCAGAAGGAACCUGUGGCGUGAUGAUAAUGGAGUCGGGGUCCGAAGUGACUGGAAUAACAGCUUAAUGACAGCAUUAAUAGCUCCUGCCUAUGUGGAAUUAUUAAUACAGCUAAAAAAGCGCUACUUCCCUGGAUCCGACCCAACCUUGUCUGUUCUGCAGAACACGCCUAUUCAUGUGGUAAAGGACACUUUGAAGAAAUUCUUAUCAUUCUUCCCAGUGAACAGGCUUGAUUUACAGCCAGAUUUAUAUUGCCUGGUGAAGGCGCUUUAUAGCUGUAUUCAUGAAGACAUGAAGCGUCUUUUACCUGUUGUUCGGGCUCCAAAUAUUGAUGGCUCCGAUUUGCAUUCUGCAGUUAUAAUUACUUGGAUUAAUAUGUCAACUUCAAAUAAAACCAGACCGUUUUUUGACAAUCUGCUACAAGAUGAAUUGCAGCAUCUUAAAAAUGCGGAUUACAAUAUCACGACACGGAAAACGGUGGCAGAGAAUGUCUACAGACUGAAACACCUGCUUUUAGAAAUUGGCUUCAACUUGGUGUAUAAUUGUGAUGAAACUGCCAAUCUUUACCACUGUCUCAUAGAUGCCGAUAUUCCUGUUAGCUAUGUGACCCCUGCUGACGUCAGAUCUUUUCUCAUGACGUUUUCCUCGCCUGACACCAGUUGUCAUAUCGGGAAGCUGCCUUGUCGUCUUCAGCAGACUAACCUAAAACUUUUUCAUAGCUUAAAGCUUCUAGUUGAUUAUUGUUUUAAGGAUGCCGAAGAAAAUGAGAUUGAAGUGGAAGGCCUGCCCCUUCUGAUUACGCUGGACAGUGUUUUGCAAACGUUUGAUGCAAAGCGAUCCAAGUUCCUGACAACAUACCAUGAAUUGAUUCCGUCCCGCAAGGACUUGUUUAUGAAUACCUUGUAUUUGAAAUACAGUAAUAUUUUACUGAGCAGUAAAGUGGCAAAAGUGUUUGACAUUUCCAGCUUUGCUGAUUUGUUAUCCUCUGUGUUGCCUCGUGAGUACAAGACCAAAAAUUGUACAAAGUGGAAAGACAACUUUGCAAGUGAAUCUUGGCUUAAGAAUGCAUGGCAUUUUAUCAGUGAAUCUGUAAGUGUGAAAGAAGAUCAGGAGGACACGAAACCAACGUUUGACAUUGUGGUUGAGACCCUGAAAGACUGGGCCUUGCUGCCUGGAACAAAGUUUACUGUUUCGGCCAAUCAGCUUGUGGUCCCUGAAGGUGAUGUUUUGCUUCCGCUAAGCCUUAUGCACAUCGCAGUGUUUCCAAAUGCCCAGAGUGAUAAAAUUUUUCAUGCUCUGAUGAAAGCUGGCUGCAUCCAGCUUGCCUUGAACAAAAUCUGCUCCAAAGACAGUGCGUUCGUUCCCCUGCUGUCCUCUCACACGGCAAACAUAGAGAGCCCCACGAGCAUUUUGAAGGCCCUGCAUUACAUGGUGCAAACAUCAACAUUUAGAACCGAAAAACUAGUGGAAAGUGACUUUGAAGCGCUUUUGAUGUAUUUCAACUGCAGUUUGAGUCACUUGAUGUCCCAAGAGGAUAUAAAAAUUUUGAAGUCUCUUCCGUGCUACAAAUCCAUCAGCGGGCGCUACAUUAGCAUCGCAAAAUUCGGGACCUGUUACGUGCUUACCAAAAGCAUCCCUGCAGCCGAGGUGGAGAAGUGGACGCAGUCAUCACCGUCUGCAUUUCUGGAGGAGAAGGUGCACUUAAAGGAGCUGUAUGAGGUGCUUGGCUGUGUGCCUGUGGACGAUCUGGAAGUGUACUUGAAACACCUCUUACCCAAAAUUGAAAAUCUCUCCUAUGAUGCGAAAUUAGAGCACUUGAUCUAUCUGAAGAACCGAUUAUCAAAUGUUGAGGAAGUAUCAGAGAUGAAAGAGCAGCUUUUUGAAAAACUGGAAGGUUUGUUAAUAAUCCAUGAUGCUAACGGCCGACUGAAACAAGCAAAACAUUUCUAUGACAGAACUGUGAGAGUUUUUGAGGUUAUGCUUCCUGAAAAGUCAUUUAUUCCCAAAGAUUUCUUUAAAAAAUUGGAACAGCUUAUAAAACCCAAGAAUCAUGUUGCAUUUAUGACAUCCUGGGUGGAAUUCUUAAGAAAUAUUGGACUAAAAUACAUACUUUCACAGCAGCAGUUGUUACAGUUUGCUAAAGAGAUCAGUGUGAGAGCUAAUACAGAAAACUGGACUAAGGAGACACUGCAAAAUACAGUUGACAUCCUUCUCCAUCAUAUAUUCCAAGAACGAAUGGAUCUGUUAUCUGGUAACUUUCUGAAAGAACUAUCUUUAAUACCUUUCUUAUGUCCUGAGCGGGCUCCUGCUGAAUACAUUCGAUUUCAUCCUCAGUACCAAGAGGUGAAUGGAACACUUCCUCUCAUAAAAUUCAACGGAGCACAGGUAAAUCCCAAAUUCAAGCAGUGUGAUGUGCUGCAGCUCUUGUGGACAUCCUGCCCUAUUCUUCCAGAGAAAGCUACACCCUUGAGGAUCAAAGAACAAGAAGGCAGUGACCUGGGUCCACAGGAGCAGCUUGAGCAAGUUCUAAGUAUGCUUAAUGUGAACCUGGAUCCCCCUCUCGAUAAGGUUAUUAAUAAUUGCAGAAACAUAUGCAAUGUGACAACUUUGGAUGAAGAAAUGGUGAAAACCAGAGCAAAGGUCUUAAGGAGCAUAUAUGAAUUUCUCAGUGCAGAGAAGAGGGAAUUCCGCUUUCAGCUGCGGGGGGUUGCUUUUGUGAUGGUGGAAGAUGGCUGGAAACUUCUCAAGCCCGAGGAGGUAGUGAUCAACCUGGAAUAUGAAUCUGAUUUUAAGCCCUAUUUGUACAAGCUUCCGUUAGAACUUGGCACAUUCCAUCAGUUGUUCAAACACUUAGGUACUGAAGACAUUAUUUCAACUAAGCAGUACGUGGAAGUGCUGAGCCGCAUAUUCAAGAGCUCAGAAGGAAAACAAUUAGAUCCUAACGAAAUGCGUACAGUCAAGAGGGUGGUUUCUGGGCUCUUCAAGAGUCUACAGAAUGAUUCCGUCAAGGUGAGGGGUGACCUUGAGAACGUACGAGACCUUGCUCUGUACCUCCCAAGCCAGGACGGUAGACUGGUCAAGUCAAGCAUCCUGGUGUUUGAUGACGCACCACACUAUAAAAGUAGGAUCCAGGGAAACAUUGGUGUGCAGAUGCUCGUUGAUCUGAGUCAGUGCUACCUGGGGAAAGACCAUGGCUUCCACACGAAGCUGAUCAUGCUGUUUCCUCAAAAGCUUCGCCCUCGUCUGUUGAGCAGCAUCCUUGAAGAGCAGUUAGAUGAGGAGACGCCCAAGGUGUGUCAGUUUGGGGCCCUGUGCUCCCUCCAGGGACGACUGCAGCUCCUCUUGUCUUCGGAGCAGUUCAUCACGGGACUCAUCAGGAUUAUGAAGCACGAAAAUGAUAACGCUUUCUUGGCCAAUGAAGAAAAAGCCAUAAAACUUUGCAAAGCCCUAAGAGAAGGUUUGAAAGUGUCCUGUUUUGAGAAGCUUCAAACAACAUUGAGGGUUAAAGGGUUUAAUCCCAUUCCCCACAGCCGAAGUGAAACGUUUGCUUUCCUGAAGAGGUUUGGUAAUGCGGUCAUCCUGCUCUACAUUCAACAUUCAGACAGCAAAGACAUUAACUUCCUGCUGGCGCUGGCGAUGACACUGAAGUCAGCAACUGACAAUUUGAUUUCUGACACUUCGUAUUUAAUUGCCAUGCUAGGAUGCAAUGAUAUUUAUAGGAUCAGUGAGAAGCUUGACAGUCUGGGUGUGAAAUAUGACUCUUCAGAACCAUCCAAACUGGAACUUCCAAUGCCUGGCACCCCGAUACCUGCCGAAAUUCAUUAUACUCUGCUGAUGGAUCCAAUGAAUGUUUUCUACCCUGGAGAGUAUGUUGGGUACCUUGUUGAUGCUGAAGGUGGUGAUAUCUAUGGAUCGUACCAGCCAACGUAUACGUAUGCAAUUAUUGUGCAGGAAGUUGAAAGGGAAGAUGCUGACAAUUCUAGUUUUCUAGGCAAGAUUUACCAGAUUGAUAUCGGUUAUAGUGAGUACAAGAUAGUUAGCUCCCUUGAUUUGUACAAGUUUUCGAGGCCCGAUGAGAGCUCUCACAGUAGGGAGAGUGCUCCUUCGACACCCACCAGCCCUACGGAGUUCCUUGCGCCUGGUCUGCGAAGCAUCCCACCCCUUUUCCCUGGCAAAGAGAGCCACAAAACUUCCUCUUCAAAACAUCAGUCUCCCAAGAAGCUUAAGGUUAAUUCUUUACCAGAAAUCUUAAAAGAAGUGACAUCGGUAGUGGAGCAAGCCUGGAAGCUUCCAGAGUCAGAACGGAAAAAGAUUAUCAGGCGAUUGUAUUUGAAGUGGCAUCCUGACAAAAAUCCAGAGAACCAUGACAUCGCUAAUGAAGUUUUUAAGCAUUUGCAGAAUGAAAUCAACAGAUUGGAAAAGCAGGCUUUUCUCGAUCAAAACGCAGACAGAGCCUCGAGACGGACAUUUUCCACCUCGGCCUCCCGAUUCCAAUCAGACAAGUACUCAUUUCAGAGGUUUUACACUUCGUGGAAUCAGGAAGCCACGAGCCACAAGUCUGAAAGGCAACAACAAAAUAAAGAAAAAUGCCCUCCUCCAGGUGGACAGACUUACUCCCAAAGGUUCUUUGUGCCUCCCACUUUCAAGUCGGUUGGCAAUCCCGUUGAAGCUCGGAGAUGGUUAAGACAAGCCCGAGCGAAUUUCUCAGCUGCCCGGAAUGACCUCCAUAAAAAUGCCAACGAAUGGGUGUGCUUUAAGUGUUAUCUCUCUACCAAGUUAGCACUGAUUGCAGCUGACUAUGCGGUGAGGGGCAAGUCUGACAAAGAUGUGAAACCAACGGCACUUGCACAAAAAAUAGAGGAAUACAGUCAGCAGCUUGAAGGGCUGACAAAUGAUGUGCACACCUUGGAGGCGUACGGUGUAGACAGCUUGAAAACAAGAUACCCUGACCUGCUUCCUUUCCCCCAGAUCCCAAAUGACAGGUUCACGUCUGAGGUUGCCAUGAGGGUGAUGGAAUGUACUGCUUGUAUCAUCAUAAAACUUGAAAAUUUUAUACAACAAAAAGUAUAAAGAGUAAGUAUUGAAAGGAAACAAAAAUGCCGAGCCAGAUCUUGAGUGUGUGAUAGCACAAACCCAAGUUGCUAUACGUCAUUGAGCUGCAUCGUCACUCACCUAGGACUUGUGAAGCACAUUGCAAAUUGUUCUGCCAGGAUUUUGUGGUUAUUGUACUGUGAAUUCCAACAGAAUACCUUAAUGAAUCUAAGAGGAAAUUAUUUGGAAGAUGGUGAACUGAAAAAUCACUCGAUUGUUGGAGUGAUUGGGGUGGCACAUGGUUGUAGUGCACUUUAUACAGCCAAAGCUUAGCAAUCAGGUCAAUUCAUAGCUCUGGGUGGGGUGAGGUUCAUUUCAUGUUUUUCACAUGGUAUUUUUGAAGAUGCUAACGAAACACUGGACAUAUCAUUGGUUUAAUUAUAGAGGUGAAAUGAAAUCUUCAGGGUUUAUCACGUGUUUGUGGAUCUUCUUGGAUGCUUUAUGAUUGGCUGGGUGUGAUUAUGAAGUCGUGGCCGUUUUACAUCUUAAAUGCUCAGCACAUUUAAAAUGGUACAGUAUUGUAAUGUAAUCCUGAGUAUUACUUGAUCAGAGUGUGAAGACGGCACUUGCUUUACAAUUUUAUUUUAAGUAUUUUGUUAUUUUCUGUGUGUUUUACACGUAGGUUUACAGGCUCCUGUUUCAUGAAGAUACUGUAUGGAAAACUCAGAAUGGUGGCAGUUAGUACCAGAUGUUAAUAUUGUUCCUGAAAUUGCUUACCAAAACAGCAUUUAGCAACUGUUGGAAUGCUUGCUUUGCAUCUUCCACACACGUCACAGUUCAUACAGUGUGAUUGGACAGGAUGCAAUCUUUUGCUGUCUAAAGGUGCUGCAGUUAAAAAAAAAAUGAGUUUUGUCCAAUAUGAUAUUUAGUAAGAGUUUUGAGGGUAUGUUUUUGUUAAAAACAUUUUUAAAAGUUGUUGACGUAAUUGUGAUGGUUCCCAGCAGUUUAUGAAAGAGGAAUUUUCAGCUUGUAUUUCUCCCUCGAAUGAAUUCAGAACUGACACAUGGUUUUCAUCACGCUCAAAUGUCUUAUCAUACUGAUUUACUUCCACAUUUUUUUGCAGAAUGUUAAACAAAAAAUUAAUGAUAAUUAGUUUAUAUAGGUGUAUUGGCUGUAAGUGAUGCUAAAUGUAAUAUUUUAUGCAAGUAAGGGCUUACAGAAUAUGAAAACUUUUUUUUACUUAUAUGGGUGAGAAGGAAUGUCUGCACCUCUACAACUGUAUUGCUUCUGGAUGUGAAAUCAUGUAAUUAUUACUGCUACUAUAUUAAGUGCCAUAAUUUUAAUAAAGCAAAAUGUACAUAU